AUGAGGACGAUAAAGGAACGCUGUGAGGAGCUUCUUCACCUUUACCUGAAUAAUUAUUCGGAUGAAUCUGGCAGUUUCAAUAUUGAAUUCCUUCUCGACACCUUAACAUUCAAACCUCUCGUCGAAAAGAUUGAGUCCUUUCGUUUAUCUCGUUCUGAAUUCGAAACGAUUCGGCUAAUUGGAUCAGGAGCCUUUGGCGAAGUCUCCCUUGUACGCUCAAAAUCAACAAAUGAGUUCUACGCUCUUAAAUCCUUGCAUAAGUAUGAUAUGUUGAAGCGUUCAGACAGGGCAUGCUUCCAGGAGGAGCGUGAAGUUCUUGUUAAAGGAAUGAUAAAGGGGUCCCCAUGGAUAACACAGCUCCAUUAUACGUUUCAGGAUGAAAAAUACCUGGUAAUACAUAUUUGUGUUCAUUUUCAGUAUUUUGUCAUGAAAUUUUAUAAUGGUGGUGACAUGCUUACUAUGUUAAGCAAAUUCGAUGAUCAGAUUCCCGAGCAUAUAUCUAGAUUUUACUUGGCUGAGCUUGUCCUUGCAAUACAUUCUCUUCACGAUCUUGGCUACGUCCAUCGGGAUAUAAAACCGGAUAAUGUACUCCUAGAAACGUCCGGCCACAUUGUUUUGACGGAUUUUGGUUCCUGCCUUCGGAUAGGAAAUGAUGGACUAAUUAAGAAUGCUGCUGCUAUAGGUACUCCAGAUUACAUUGCACCAGAGAUUCUUCGAGCUGCUGAGGAUUCGCAUGGGACAUUUGGGGUUGAGUGCGACUACUGGUCCCUGGGUGUUGUGAUGUACGAGAUGCUUUUUGGUGAGACGCCGUUUUAUAGCGAAAAUCUGAUCCAAACCUACAGCCAAAUUAUGAACUUUGAGAAAACAUUCAAGAUCCCUGAGGAUGAAGGCCAUGUUUCGGAUGCUGCUAAAGAUUUACUCAAACGAUUUAUUUGUGAUAGAAAGCAACGCUAUGGACGUAAUGGUAUCGAGGAAAUUGUAAACCAUCCUUUCUUUAAUGGUAUUGACUGGGAGAAUAUUCGCUCUCAACCUGCGCCGUACCAACCGGAAGUCAAAUCUCCCGAGGACACCUCAAACUUCGACAUCGAGGAAACUACGCGAACUCACGAGGGACCACCUCUUGGUUCGGUAUUUCGUGGGUGUCAGGUGGCCUGCAUUGGCUUCACCUUCACGAAGGACUCCCCCCUCAACCAAAUAGGCCGACUAGAGGAAGCACUUGGAAGUCGGAAGACAGCGGUGGCCAUGGAGCAGGCUGAUGACGUCGCCUCCCAAACGCCUGUACAAAACUGCACCAAGUGUGGUGAACUUAAGUCACGCGUCCAAGACCUUGAGACGGAGCUAGCAGCGCUAUCCGUUAAGGUCCAGCAGCCACCAGCCUCGCCUAUGGUCAAUGGUGCCUCAGAAACGGAGGAAAAACUCGCCGCAUCCGAGGCGCGUUAUGAAGAACUCCUUUCCGAAGUGAAGAAACUUCACAUAGCCCUGGGUGCACUGGAAGCCCGUUCCAUCAACGACGAGCAAAAGAUUGCAAUGCUAACCCAAGCGUACGUCCUCUUGGGCGGAUCCACGGUACCUUUGGCUCGCGUAUUGUGCCAUCGCAAGUCCCUUUCGCCAUGUCGCUAUUUCCUCGAACCUGCUUCAUUGGCGAGAGAAGAAAGAUCUGAUCUGCCUGGUUUUUGUGCUUCUUUUGUUACUGAAGAACGCAAAACCCUGUGCUAUUUAUUUUACAGCCUGCAAGCGGAACAAGAGAAGACAGAAAAUUUGAGAUUUGACCUUCGUGAAUACGAAGAGGAGAAUGAGGAUUUGUGUAAACGCAUUCAGGACACCAGUUCAAUGUUGCGGGAUAAGGAGUCAGCCUGUGAACAGCUUCUUAAUGACCUCGAAGAAAAGCGUGCCGAGUUGGCAGCACAACGGAAAACCCUUGACGAGUACAUCCAGCAGUCGCAGAACACGAACCUACCACCCCACCGACAGGUCGUCGAUGGGGAGAACAACCUCUCGAACGGUGUCAGCGCUGGUGACUCAAUUCACUUAAUUCCUGAGUUGAAGCUCAAAUUGCGCGAGGCUGUAACCUGGGCAGAGGAAUGUGAAGCAAAACUUAGCAACCAGGAAAACUACUGGAGCGAUCAGCAGCUGCGGUGGCAAAGGGAGCGCUCCGAACUACAGGACCGCGUUCACGAGAUCGUUAUUGAAAGGACCGGUUUCUUGGAAGGGGAGUUGCGCCAAGAGCGGCAGCUGCGCACGUCUCUGGAGCAGCGUGUCAUGCUGUGGGAAAACCAGUUGGUGGAACUCAUCCAAAUGGCUGAUACUGAGUGGGCUGCAAACGAUAACCUCUAUGAGACGGUCCUCCGCUUAACAUCCGACCUCCAGCGCAUCAGAAACGGUCCGUCGGAAAUUGACUACGAUCCACCCCGACCCUCUAGCGCCGUCUCACAGGGUCAAGGUGAGGAUCGGGCCUCUGGUAACCUGAAUGGCCUAUCCAGUAUGGACUGGCGUCAGCGCAAGGCGGGCAAAAUCAGCAAGAUGGAGCGUUCUAAUCUGCAGCUGGCACUAAACAAUGAGAUUCGGGAGCGUGAGUUGGCCCAACAACGAGCCCGUGAUCUGGAGGCACAGCUGGAAGAAGUGUCCGCACGUCUGGCUGAUACCUCAAACAGGCUUCUUCACACAGAGAAGGAGAAGGAAAAUCUUCGAGAGCAGCUUCUGAAGGUAACCACCGAAGUACGAAGGUCCCGCAUGAAAACUGCAGAAAUCGACGAAUCGGCUUGCAUUCGGGCUGAAUUGAUGAACGAGAAGCAUAAGUUGCUCCAACCCGUUCUCUCACCCAACGACCAGACUCUUCAAAUUUCGAAGUCGGAGAAGUCUGUCUCAAUGGGCGGUCUCUCGAGCUCUGGCAGUGGGGCGUCAUCAGGAGGGCACAAACUUGUCCCAGACACUUUCGCUGUGCCCACCAAGUGCUUCGUCUGCUCCAGCCUCCUCCUCGGCCAGUUGUGGCAAGGUCUGCGUUGCCAGCAGUGUGCCUUCUGUUGCCAUCUGCAGUGCAGACAAGGCACAACAACAGUUUCUUGUCCUGCUGCACCCUCGGAUGUGCAUUCGUUCGACCCUGGUGUUGCCUGUGGUCUCGGCACUGUUCUGGAAGGACCAGUCAAGACUCCAAAGGGCGACAUCAAGCGAGGUUGGAUCCAACAAUACGCCUUCCUCUCCGACAUGCGUCUGUUCAUCUACGAUUCCCGUUUGCCCUCAUUUCUCUCCACCGUGGCCUGUGAAAAUGCGAUAUUGGAGGCCGACGCAGGCCACCUCCCUGAGGGUUUCGCUUCCCUUUUGUACGGCAUGAUCCUAAUGCUGUGUUUCAUUCAGUGUACUGCCGUCCGUCGAGCAAAGACCAUCCACCCAGAUGUCGACUCGAGGGACCCUCGAUCGGCUACAUUGGGUCCCGCUAUUGAAAACCCAGUCUGCUCAGUCUCUGCGAGGCCGUCUUUGGGCGCCCUCUCAGUUACGCUGCCCCACGGCGGACCCAUGCAAAUCACCUACGAGACGGCCUACGACAUUCAGAGCAGCACCCCUGCCUACAUAGUCGAUCUGAACUCCUCGGGCUUCGCAGUUUCGCGUGUGUCUAACGCUGAUGUUAUUCACGCCAAACGAACCGAAGUGCCGCAGAUACUGAAAGUGAGCCCUGACGACUACGCUGGCAACUCCCCAAUCUACCUGCUCUUCGACACUUCAGAGGAGUGUGAUCGGUGGCACGCGGCUUUAGAGGACACUGUGCACCUGUUGAGUCGUAAUUUCGCACGCACUCCUGACACCCAGUGCCUCCAGCUCCAUGUCCUAUCCGACGCCAGCUUCCCUCUCAUCAAGCACAUCCUCUCUGCUUGUGUCCUAGACGAAAAUCGGAUUUUGGUGGGUACCGGAGAUGGUCUAUACACCGUCGACUUGCGCUACAAAACUUAUGCUCGUGUUGGAGAAAAGAAGCCAAUCUACCAGGUUGAGGCUCUGCCCGAGGAACUUCAACUAGUCGCCGUUAUACAAGACAAACAGCGCCGUCUUCGCCUUGUCCUCUCCGGUGCCAUCGAAGGCAUGAACUACGACAAAAUCCGAGUGGCCGAGCCCAAACAGGGCGUGAGCUUGCUCUGCCACGGCUGGUCGCGGGGUCGCACAACUUACCUGUUAUGCGCUGCUGGCGCCACAAGCAUCUGGGUGUACGAAGUGGUGGGAGAGGUGACGCGACAUCGACGUGUUGUCGAGCUGACCUCUCCCUCCUUGGUGCAGGCCAUUAACCUCGUGCGCGAUGGUGAUUGGCUCGCUGUUGGCAAUGAAAGCUCCUUUGUAAUCUACAACAUUUGGUCCAAGGGAUCAAUGACAGUUUUGCUGGAGCCUUCGUGCAUCGAUUUGGAUUCCAGCCUGCUGAUGUUCCGUCACCACCAAUUUGAGGCCCAAAUGGCCAUCCCGCUGAACUUCGAGGAGUUUCUCCUCGUCUUCGACAAUUGUGCAAUCUACAUCGACAGUCAGGGCCAGCCAACUCGUCCAACACACCUCUUCUGGCCAGCGAAGCCACUGUCUCGCGGGUUCGCUUAUCGCCAACCCUUCCUCCACGUGUUCACCGAGUCUGGCCUCUUCCUAUUCAACGUGGAGACCUCUACCUGGAGUGCUUCUGCGGCGGGCACGCGACGACUUCUGCCUCUGAGCACGUCCGACGGCUACCUCUGCCUGAUGACGCACGGCAGCAGUCAGGCAGUCCCCAAACUGUCCAGCAGUGUUGGUGGUGGUGGCGGCGUCGGCGGCAUUGGUGGCGCUGCUGGUUCUUUCAGCCACCAGGGAGCGACCGCGACCCUGGUCUACCUGCCCCCUCCCCGUCAAUCCAUGUUUGCUUCACUACAGCGCCGGCGGAACGCCUCCUUGCUGACCUCCCCCUUGACUCGACCACUCAGCCACCUGACUUCUAGCGAUCCUGACAGGCAGUUGGAUUUGGGAAAUGUCUCUCUCCUAGAUGCGACUACGCGAGUCAGAAAAUCACGACGCUUCUCAUUCUUUUCUCGCGGCUCGCUUUUCCCGACCAUGGAGUUACUUGAUCAGUCGUCAAACGCUUGCUCUGGCAAUGGCAUUUCCUCCUCGUCGACGUCAGGCGGUCCCUCCCUUCCCUUUUCGAAAUCCCGCUCCUCCAACGUCAAUGGUUCCCGUCUGAUCUCUGCGCCAUCCGACUUUCAGCACGUCGCCCACCAAGGACCCGACGUGAUGAUCAACCUGAUAGACCUGGCACAAUCGCAUUUACAGCACCAAGUGGCGCGGUGCUCUACGGGGAACUUUAGCUUGGCAGUAGAGCAGCCCAUCAUCCCUCAACACGUGGACUCAGAUGCAUCGCUUCAAUCCAGUUCUUCCCGACAGUCAAUUAAUCAGGUAAACGAUCGCGAUCCGAGUUUCCACGAAAUGCCUGGUUUGACCAUUCCCCUACCUGGGUUAUCUCAUCAGCGAUUGGAAGAGUUAAUACUGUCUAUUGGUGAAUCUGACGUGGCAGAUUCUGUAGCGACGGAUUCUGCCGUGUUAACCCUCCCCCUCUCCGCCGUCCAGAGUCCCGCUUCUCACCCUGACACCGCCCAAGACGAGGUUCUUACUCCUUGCGCACCCCAAGUUUCAAACAAUCAUCACCACCAACAACCACAGCACCUCGACUCUCCCGAUUUUCGGGAUAAGUUUCUUGCUCUCUUCUACUCGAUGACGCUUUCGUCUUCCGAGGAUGGUCAUAGUAACGUUGCCAUAAAUGCGCUUGGCCCUAAAGAAGAGCAGCUGCAGAAGAUAAAAAUGUACGAAGACAUGUAUCGCGUGAUUCGCGAUGUAACCGGUGUCAGGGAUGCCGUAAAAAUGGUCGCCAGAUUUAACUCACAGAUUGAGACCAUGAACUAUCUCACUGAACUUAAAACUGCAGGAGAAGCAAUGGUUGCUGAUUUACGAAAGAACCACAAAGUCUUGGAGUCUGAACGGGAAGAUUUGAAGUACAAUGGGGAAUCGGAUUUAGUUAGCAAUCAAGCGAUGGUCAAUGAAUAUACUGAAAAGGUUAAGGAAGCAACAAAAGAACACGCGGCCCUCCAGCAGGAACUUGCCAAUCUCAGCAGUCUCAUGGUUCGCUGCAAAGCUGGAAUGCUACACAUUUGCCAGAAAUUAAGUGACAUCCUGCUACCCUCAGCAUCGGAAGACAGCACAACUUUACCCGCACUUUCGCCACCCCCAGAAACCGGGACUCAGGAAGUUGCGAAUCCAGACGAAAGUACUGUAGCCCCAGACGAUGCACCUGAGCUCGUAGAUUCGCAGUCUACGCCCCCCGCGAAAAAGUUAGAGGAGUCUACUGAGGAAAGUUCUUCGGAGUCAGACCAAGUUGAUCUAACGCUCGGUCUAAUCAAAGGCUGCUCAAUGAAAGUAAAGCUUCUGCUUUCGUCGUUGUCAAAUUACGACUGUGAAGAAGAGAGCAACAAAGUAGAGAUUUCUAAUUUCUUUGAGAAGGCAGAAACCAAGGUACCGGAUUUCAAUACGCGCAUCGUUUUUCCACAAGACCUCGAGGAUGUUCCUAUUGACGACGAUGACGACAUGUUGUACGACGAUGGUGGCGCGCCUAGUCGCAUCGCUCUGAAAAAGCAGUCCCAACAGAUAAUUGAAAUGCGCACCAAGAAACGUGGUCCCGGUGACAAAUCCAAUAAGGGUCGAUAA